AUGGCCGAUACCGCAGUUGCUGCCGACGCUCCCGCCCCGGCGACGCCCGCGAAGAAGCCUAAGGCGUCCGCCUCCGCAGGCGCUAAGAAGCCUAAGGCGAAGCCCACCCACCCUAAGACGUCCGAGAUGGUUAACAGCGCCAUCAAGGAGCUGAAGGAGAGAAGCGGUUCGUCCCUGCAGGCUAUCAAGAAAUACAUCGCCGCCCAGUACAAGGUCGACGCCGAGAAGCUGGCCCCUUUCAUUAGAAAAUAUCUGAAGAGCGCAGUCGAAUCCGGCGCACUCAUACAGACCAAAGGCAAGGGCGCGUCCGGCUCGUUCAAACUGGAAUCGAAGACUUCAUCCGCCGGCAAGAAACCCGCCGCGGCCAAGAAAUCUAGCGCUAAAUCAUCAGCCGCCGCUAAGAAGCCCGCCGCAGCUAAACCGGCUAAGGCGAAGAAGGCCGCCGCGUCCCCGGCCAAGCCUAAGGCCGCCACGAAGGACAAGAAGGCCGCCGCCGCCAAAAAGAAGCCCGCAGCGAAGAAACCUUCCACCCCCGCCAAGGGCAAGAGCGCCGCCGCGCCUAAGGCCAAGAAGACCGCGAAGCCGCCGACCAAGAAGCCUAAAGCUCCCAAGCCAAAGAAGGCUGCUGCCGCUCCCAAAGCGAAGCCCGCCGCUAAGAAGGCUGCCUCGAAGAAGUAA